GAAUUCCUCGAAAUACCAUGGGAUUCAAUCGUUCUUCAUCAUCAAACGGUCAUGAAUAAUAGUUCUCUAAGCAAACUCGAACCGAGUACUUCACAAGUUGUUCAUCCAAUCCACUUGGCCUCACUAACUUCAUGGGCUUCCAGUGGAUCAGUGUUACCUGAAUCCUUCAUCUCAUCAAUACACAGAGAAAGUGAUGUACUGAAAACACUUGGUUACGCUGAUUUGGGUGUACCACCUGAUUACGGUACUCCAGAGAACCAGGUGGUCAAUAUAACUAGUCACCUGAUCAAUGACCCACAAUUUAGAUGGUAUUCCAACUGCAUAUUUUACGUGUGAUAUUUUACUUCCGUUGUCAACAAUGUUUUGUGUUAACUACGUGAUACUUGUAAAGUAUGUGUGCAUACUCU